CAGUUGAUGUGAACGAUAUUCGCGGGAGACCAAGAGUGUCAGACAGUUAGCGACUGCUGUCAACACGGUCACAGAUAAACUGUAGCAAAAAAGACAAACAAACAAACCACGAUGAGUUUGUGGGUGGACAAAUAUAGGCCGACUUCCCUGGGGAAACUCGACUAUCACAAAGAUCAAGCGUCUCAGCUUAAAAACCUGGUCCAGUGUGGAGACUUUCCACACUUGUUGGUGUACGGUCCGUCAGGCGCGGGGAAGAAGACACGCAUCAUGUGUCUGCUGAGGGAGCUGUACGGAGCUGGAGUGGAGAAGCUCCGCAUAGAGCACCAGACCAUCGUGGCUCCUUCAAAGAAGAAAAUUGAGAUCAACACGAUAGCGAGCAACUAUCACUUGGAAGUUAAUGCGAGUGACGCAGGAAACCAGGACCGCGUGGUGAUUCAAGAGCUGAUUAAAACUGUCGCUCAGUCUCAGCAGAUUCAGUCAAGCACACAGAGGGAGUUCAAAGUGGUGUUGCUGACAGAGGUGGACAGACUCACAAAGGACGCCCAGCACGCGUUGCGUCGGACGAUGGAAAAGUACACGUCCACCUGCCGUCUUAUCCUCUGCUCCAACUCCACCUCCAGAGUCAUCGGGCCGAUCCGGAGCCGUUGCUUGGCCAUCAGGGUUCCUCUGCCGAGCACGGAAGAGGUCUGUAAUGUUUUGACAUCAGUCUGCAAAAAGGAGGGUUUGCUCCUCCCACCCGAGCUGGCCAAGCAAAUCAGUGAGAAGUCGGGGCGUAACCUCCGCAAAGCUCUCUUGAUGUGCGAGGCCUGCAGAGUGCAGCAGUAUCCAUUCUCAGCGGACCAAGAUGUCCCAGAGACGGACUGGGAGGUGUACCUCAGAGAAACAGCUAAUGCCAUCGUCAGCCAGCAGAGCCCUCAAAGGUUGUUGGAGGUUCGAGCGAGACUGUACGAACUUCUGACUCACUGCAUUCCUCCCGAUAUCAUUAUGAAGGGACUGGUCACGGAGCUGCUGAGGAACUGCGAUGGCCAGCUGAAGACAGAAGUGUCCCACAUGGCAGCUUAUUAUGAACACAGGCUGCAGCUGGGCAACAAAGCCAUUUACCACCUGGAAGCCUUCACGGCCAAGUUCAUGGCCAUGUACAAGAAGUUCAUGGAAGACGGUCUGGAGGCCAUGAUGUUUUGACUCUGAACGGAUGUAAAUACGGAUACUUUUCUUGAUGUCUUUCUUUUGUAUAUUAAAAAAAUAAACCUCAUUACCCUCA